AUGCCCGAUGGCCGAGGUCGGGGCAACGGAGUUCUUCGCCCGUCUCCGUCAUCGCCUCUCCGCGUACACUCUCAAGCAAUAACGGGUUGUUGGAAACGGCCUAUUGGUCCUCCCCACGAUCCAGCGGGUGGCAAAAAGUGCCACACUCAGCGUAUCGGAUGUAGUCUGUAUGUGGCACUCCCUCGACGUAUCCUGACCAAUGCUGCACCGCUCGCCGAGCACGAUACAAGAAGACCCCAGCCAGCUGCUGAAGCCCUCGAUUUAGAAUCUCUACGCCAGUCUCCUGUGCUAUACCAGGCCCAACAGCCCCGGUUCAACCCAGUCUUUAAUCUCUCAUAUCACAUCGCUAUCGCUACUCGCGACUCAACUCUACCUCAUCAUACACAACCGGGCAACCUACAUCUGUACCAAAGGAUACAAACCGGACCAGGAAGUUCACCCUGCGACUUCAAGGUGAAUGGGUUGGAAAUCUCCAUCCUCGACGAGAAGAUCGUGAUCGGUGGGAGAGCGUAUCCCAUUGUGCCAGGUGAGAACACUGUGACAAAGUCCAGCGACGGAACACUCAGUGUGAACGGCAUGGACGGGGCGGCUGGCUCCAAGUCGACCGAGUCGACGAACCUCUGGAGCCUCUUCUCCUGGGUCACUCGCUGUCGUUGA